AUGAAGGACAUCUUAUCACCUACCAAGCAAGUCAGAAAUGAUAAUGGAAACAAUGAUGAAUCCGACUCUUUUCUAAAGUCUCCAUCCGAUGACGAUGUUAUUGAUACACCUAAUUCCCCUAUAUCUCGGCGAAAGUCGCUUCGAACUCCCAGAAGAUUGAACUUCAAUUCUAUGAGUCCAGAAUUGAAGUCUGCCAGAGCUGUCAUUAAGCCUGUGACACCAUCUCGACGAUCGAGUGGACGACAAUCAUUGAGAACUCCGCCUAGUAAAGGCAAUAGUACACCACGACGGCCUACUACGCCAUUGAUAUUAAAGGCUAUGGAAGAUGCUGCUACUCCCCGAAGGAAUAGGCUUCUACUUACACCGACUAGAAAUAAAGCCAAUCGAAGAUAUUCGCCUCAAAAUGAUUUAGUGCUGCUUGGACGAUUACUUUCUGUGGAAAACGAGACUAUAAGGAAGAAAAGAAAGAUGGAAUCGCCUACAAGUGCGCGUAAUCCGUUGAAUCAAUUAUAUAGAUAUAUUACAGAAAGGCAUGAGGAUAGUUCUCAGGAAGUGACCAGUUCUCAGGAAGUGACUAGUUCUCAGGAAGUGACUGGUUCUCAGGAAGUGACUAGCUCUACAGUUGUGAUUGAUACUCAAAGUCAGAGUCAGAGUCAGGCUCAGUCUCAGGUACAAUCCCUUGAGACUAUGGAGUCAUUGUCUCCUUUCGACCUUGAUCCACUAGAUCAGGGAAGUGAUACCGGCCUAGAACAAAUAGAAGAAGUUACAGAGCCCACAGAAGGUGAUAUUUCUAACCGUAGAGUUUCUGAGGUGACUUCUGCAUCAGAUAGAACACCGAGAAAGUCUCGAAUAUCCAGUCGAUUGUCUAUAGGUACGUCUAUCGCCGAUGAUUCCAACGUUGCAAUUCCCGAAGCAAUAAUUAGAGAGCCAGGAGAUUAUGGAGUUGACCUUAGUGACGACCAGAAUGGUUCUAAGUUGUCGUUUGACGACAUAAAUGAUGACAUUGAUGAGGAAGAUAUUUUGGGAGAUCCUGAUUUAUCUUUAAUACGAGAUAUGUAUCUCAAAAGGCCAGAGCGUCUAUCAUUCAUCACGGUAAAAAAGCAUAAAAGUCUAGAUUCAUCUCAUGAGCAGACCGAUAGUCUUGGGGUCUCUAUACUAAGGCAGCUAAGUAAGUUGUUUCUUCCCUUGGGUCAAUCACGGAAGCUAGGUUCUUUGGAGUCUCUAAAAGUUCUAGAUGAGAUCAGCAAUGAUUUUUUUGAACAAGAACUGAGUGAUUUGCAAGCUUAUUCCAAGCACGAUAAAAGAAAAAGAAUCACUGCUGAUGAUGUCAAACUACUUAUGCAUCGGUCAAGGCUUGUCCCUGAUUUAGAUCUUUUCGACUUUAAGGGAGGUGUCAACUCUUUGGAUACUGAAAUUAUAAAAUUUGGGUCACGUGUGUAUGAUAUGGAAGACCUCAAAGAAUUGGAGAGGUUGCUUUAUUCCAAGCAGAUUAAUGAAUUGAAGAAGGUUGAGAGAAAGAGGAAGAGAGAUGAAAAGGCUGUCGCUGAAAAUAAUAAGGAGGAGCAGUCGCAUAAUCCUCCAAAUGAAGUCAGCACAGCUGAGUUGGAUAAACUCGGCUCCGUAAUCUCAAUUGGAUUUGAAGAGUCAGAUAUGUCUGACAGCUCGCUUGAAAUACCCAUGGCUGAAGAAGAAGAAGGUGUGUAG